CCAGCGCCCUCCCUUCCUGCGCCGCCCGCCCAAUGAGCGCGCGGCACGCGGUUUAAAUGGCGGGGCGGGCGCCGAUGGCCGUUGGUGCCGCCAUGGGCAGCGCUGAGGGCACAGAUUGGGUUGACGUUGCCAAUGGUCUUUUGAGGAGCUGUCACAUAAACCAGCACAUAAAGCAUCUCUCAGAAUGUGGUGCUGAUGUGUUUGUUCGUCUUUAUGAGUCAAUCUUGGGAGAAAAAGUACCAGAUUUCAUAGCUACUCCCAGGAGCCAAGAGGAUGAUGCACACAAUGUACAAGCAGUAAUAGAUUCCCUGGCACUGGACUAUUUGCAGGUCAGCUUGUCUCAUAUCACUGGUGAGAACAUUGUGAAAGGAGAGAGGGAAUCUAUCAAAAACCUCCUGGAAAUAUUUGAUGGUUUGUUAGAGUAUCUGACAGAAGCCAGUGAAUCUUCUUCUCACACUGGAGCUGAGGCAAAUGUGCUGUCCAGUCAUGAAAUUCAAACUGCAUCUCAAGAGCAGCUGGAAGGCAACACUGAUCAACUUACAGAGCAUUCAAUACCCUCAUCAGCUGAAGGGUCCCACUCAGAAUAUUUCCUUCUAACCUGUGAUACAGAUGGCUCAGAAUCUACUGGUGAAUUAAUUAGGCUUGGAGACACCGCUCAUUCAUUUUCCAGGAGAGAGGAAGGGUGGAUGGAAUCUGUUCCUGCUGCUGAGCCUCCCAAAGAGGGGGUGGGUGCCAGUGCCACCAAACUGGGGGAGCCCAUCCAGCAAGCCAUUCCUCUGCUGCCCCCCUUCCAGCCUUCACACCCUGCCUGGAGAGGUUUCCACAGCUCACACAGACAGGCAGCAGCUCUGGCAAGCAGUCAGAAAAUUCCUACUCUUGAAGAGUCACCUACUGAAAAAUCUGAUGAUGAUUCUGGUAGUCUCCCUCUAUCAAGAAAGAUCCCUGAGGGCACAGUGCAGGCUGAAGCAUCAGCUCACACUUCCCUGUCAUCUGCUGCUGCACUGGGAGCCCAGGUGGGUGAUGCUGAGGACAAUGGGAGAAAGGUUCUUCUGGAACAUGAGCCUUCUACAUCUGUUUCCUCUUCAGAUGAAAAAUUCUCCCUACAAUUUGAACAACUAACACAAACUCCAAGACCUGAAUCCAGGUACCUGCCUAGAACAUCAAGAUAUGAAACUUCUACCACAGAUUCAUUUGAAGAUUCCCUUUCCCAGGGAGCAGCCAAGAAGAAGCUGCCUGAGCAAGAGCUCCACGAAGCAUCAGAAAAACUGUCUCGCAGGCUCAACGAGCUGGAUUUAAUGUUAAAGAGAGCUUUGGGGGAGUGCAGCAGAGAGGAGCUGCCAGAUGAAGACAACCUGUCCCAGCACAGUGACAGUGUCAUGGACUAUGGCCACAGGACAGCUGGGAGAGCUCCAAGGUACCCAAGCAGGCCACGAUCCCUUUCUCCACCCUCCCAUUUAUAUCAGCACCAGGAAGAUAAACUGUGUGGUAAUGAACACAUAAAGACAAUCCGCUGCCAGCUGCAAAAAGAGAGGGACGAAAGAACAAGAAAAGCAAAGAUGGUCAAUAAAGCUUAUGAGGAUGAACUAAGGAUUUACGAAGCCAGGGAGAGGCUUAGACUUUGCAAGCUCAGAGAAGUCCUCAAGGAAAUUGAACAAGAAUACAAAGAAAACAUCUUUAAAGAACCUCCAAAAGUGUCUCAGCCAGUGAAAGUUUAUUCUAGAAAAACCACACCUUGGAUUCCAAAACGAGGGACCGUGAAGCCAAAGCAAGCAUAUCCAAUGACAAUAAGGGACAACGAGCUCCUGGUGAAGCUGCUGCAAGAGUUUCCCUCCCUGCACAUCUCCCACCGCACCCUGAACAAAAUGUGGGAGCGGCAGCUGGCACACACCGAGCACCUGCAGGCAGCUCCUGCCAGGGCCAGACCAAAGCUCCUGAACGAGGUUCAACAAGCCCUGAGGAAGCAUGAGCUUCUUGCUGCAAUUAUUAAAAAAGAUCAAGAGCACAGCAAGAGACUGCAAGAAUUCAAGACCCGCAUCUCCCGGCAGAAAUGGGCUCAGAACAAAGUGACCGAGAAACGGCAGCAGGUGGCUCGAGCCAGGAGGUACUAUGAGGAUUACAGGGUGCAGCUGAGGGCCAAGCUGAUGAGAGCCAGGACACGGGAGGAGAAGAUCUUUAAAAACUUAUUUGAAGAAGGCUUAGAAAUUCAGAAGCAAAGACUGAGGGACCUGAGGGCAUACGCUCAGGAGAAGCGCGAUGAGCAACGGCGAGAGCACCAGAACGAGCUGGAGUCCAUGGAGAACUACUACAAGGGUCAGUUUGCCAUGCUAGCAGAAGCUCUGUCUCAAGAAUUCCAGCAAAUCCAAACCAGAGAGAAAGCACAAGCACAGAUGCUACAGAAAUCCAAAAGAGAACUGAGAUCAAAGAUGGAGAAGGAAAUACAGCAGCUGCAAGCAGCGAUCAUGCACAACGACGACGACACCUUUUUUCAAGAACUCGAAGCGGACAGACUGAGAUCCAGACUGCAGAUGGCUUCCUUCCAGUACAGCCAAGGCCACUUCUUGUAAGACUUAGGUAAAUGUCACUGGCUGAGAGGAUGAGAAUCUCUGCUGGCUGCUGUAAUGGGAAGAUGGUGUGUGGCUGGUUUGUUUUUUCUCCAGAACAUUUGCUCUGUCGUUUUGACCCAUCAGGGGUGUAGCUGCUGGGAACUGGGAUCCCCACAGCACUUUUAUGAUCACCAAUAAAGUUUUUGAAGUGCUUUCUA